ACGGAGAGAUAAAAAGUAAAAUCCUUCGAAAUCUCCGCGGGAAAAUCUGCGGGAACCCUAGAAAUUCAAUUCCAUGGCGGAGCCCUCCGUCCACGGCGCCACCCGCCGCAGUUCCUCCGGCGACCGGCCGAAUCGCGCCGAUCCAGACCGACCUCCUCCUCCUCCUCCGUCGCGACGAAGCGGAAGCCCUAGCGACCUCAUCAGCGCCUUGCCGGACGCCGUGAUCCACCGCAUCUUCUCAUAUCUGCCCCUCGAAGACGUGGUCAAGACCAGCGUCCUCUCCAAGCGGUGGCGGUCCACUUGGACCUCCACCACGGAACUUGUCUUCGAUGGAGAGAUUGAAGACCGGCCUCGCAGUACCUUCGACUUCUGGUCCAUCGUCGACGCCGUCCUGAGCCAGUGCACGUCCCCCACGGUGAAGAGGUUCCACGUCACCGGUCUAAAUUGCGAGUGGACCGACCAACCCAAGGUCGAGCUCUGGCUCGGCUUCGCGGCGCGGCACCGCGUGGAGGAUCUCCGCCUGUGGCUGGCUAACGGGUCGUCGUCCUUUUAUGUACAGCUGGGGAUCGUGUAUUGCUUGAGCUGGUUGGUGCGCCUGGAUGUCUGUCGCUGCACUUUCUCGUUGGGUGGUACUAUUAGUUGGCCUUGUCUUAAGUUCUUGUCGAUCGAAUAUGCGGGGUUGAGUGAUGAUUUACUCAGGCGAAUCUUCAGGGGAAGUCCUGUGUUAGAGUCCCUUGAGUUGCGCGAUUGCUGGGGCGUGAAGAACAUUAUAAUAGAUUCAACAAGUGUGAAAGAGUUGGUAUAUGUCCACCCCGGAUACUCUCGCGCGAAGAGAAUGAAAAUUUGGGCGCCGCAUUUGCUGUUGUUGCGUGUAUCAGGGAUGUGGCACUACUAUGACUUUUUCGGACUCGACGAUAUAUCUUCUUUGGUGGAAGCUGAGAUAGAUUUUCAAAUUCUAUAUGGUGGCAAGUGGAUGUGCUGCGACCUGUUGAAGGAAACUUUUGAGAAGCUGCACCAAGUUCCUACAAUCACCAUUGGCGGUUGGUGUUUGGAGAUUCUGUCCCUUUUGGAGAUGGAAGGAGUGCCAGCUGUAUUGUCAAAAUGUCAGAAUCUGACACUACAUGGACCAGUUAGUCAAUGGGACCUUCCUGGGAUAGCAUACAUGCUACGAAGUUCACGGUGCCUGGAAAAAUUAGUCAUACACCUGACUGACCUCACCCCGUUGGAGUUAGAGCUUGAUGAAGAAUCUCAAGAACGUUUUAACUUUGAUGAAGAAGAUUUUUUGUGUUCACGGAGAGGGAAUUUUGAAUGUUUGGCGAAUCAUCUCAAGAGAGUUGAGAUCAUCGGUUUGAAAGCUGAUAGUUUUGGGUCGAAACAUCUGCUCGCCCUGAUUAAGUUUCUUCUUGGGGAUGCAGUUGUGCUGGAGAAGUUGAUUAUCAAGGCUAAAUUGCCCACACGACAUGGACGAAAACGUUUUAAAGCUGCUGUUCUGUCCAAACUAUUUGGUGUGAGCAAAAAUGUGCUCAGCUGUCGAAGAGCUUCCAAAAAUGCUGAGGUUAUCUUCGAUUGUCCUUCCGAAUGGGUGUCCUCAUAAAAGCAUAUGAAAGUCGGGGUUUCGGGUUGAUCUCAUGGCAAGGGUAUGUUGCCCUGGGCACUACACCGCUCAUUUGUAUUCACACUUUUUUUGACGGUAAAAGUUACCUGAAGUGUGACAGGAUUAGGCUUUUUAACAUGCCUCUAAUUUGCUCUUGUUUCAAGUUUCAUUCUAGUUGUAAAUAGGAACCUCUCAAGGAAAGACGUUAAUACUAGUGCUUUGGUUCAAGGGGAUUUUUUUCCGGCAAAAAAGUUUGCAAUCGGAACUAGACUGUUUUUACGGUUUGAUUUGGUUCAGCUUUUCGAAAACCAAAACAAAUCGUGUAAUCAUUAGUCUUGCUGUUAGCUCUGUUAGGUUUUAUUGGACGUUCACGAGUCAUUUUGUUUGAUUAAUAGUCAGGGGAUAUAAAAAACAUAAGUUUUAACACUUCACUUAAAAUUGACGAAGUUAAGGAGUUAAAUGUGCGAAAUGUAAGUUUUCGGAACUCGAGCACAUUGUCGUAACAAGUUUUAGGACUUGUCCUUUAAUUAUUUGAAAAAAGUAUAUCAUACAAGAGUUCGAGUUUGGCUAAUUUUUGGCUAAUUUUUAAGAGUAAAAGCAAAAUAUUUUUAUACGGGAAAUAUGUAUUUAAGACCUAUUUUAAGUUACACAAACUUUUGAGUCUGAAAUUUAAUAUAAAAAAGCAGUUUAUUAUAUGCCCGUCCUUUUGGCCCAUCGGCAGCUUGUCACUCAACUACUUCAACUUUUAAAUGUUCUUCUACUUUAAAUUUUCGAUUUUUUUUCUUGUAAAUUUUACAGCACUAAAUUUGACUUUUUUUUUAAAAUAUGGAACACUUGAAAUAUUUUAAAAUAUUUACAUAAUGUAAUGUCAAUUCAUAAAUAUAUAUUUGUUAUUUUUUUAGCUUCAGGUUUUAAAGCAAAAUCAAAAGCAGAAAUAUUAAGUAAUCUUCAUGUGAUUCACAAACAUGUGUGCGAUGCUCAGAUAUAAUCAACCGUACUAUAAUUAAGUUCUCAAAUAUUAAACCAUUGAAUUUAAUGACAUUUAAAUUAUAGGAUAACUUAAAUAAUUAAUAUAUUAAUUAUCAUAAUUAAUUAAAGCGAUUUCAUCAUAAAUGAUAGUUAUAAUUCAUUCCAAAACCAGUUGAAACUUAGUAGUCCCUGACCUAUAACUAGGAAUCCUUGUUCCACAAUCGUCAAGUUGUCUAUUAUUUAUAAUCCUUAACAUAACAUGAAUAGAUAUCGAUGCAAUAUUAUAUGAUAAUAGGAUUUAACCAUCAUAUAAUUAAAAUUGAUAAAAAAAAAAAUUCAAGCUUGCGGAUGUUAUUCUUAAAUUAUCCUGUUAUCAAAUAAAUUAUAUUUUUUCAGUAUUUAUUCCGAGUUUGGUUUAUAUGUUCAUGAAUUCGCAAAAUCAAAAGGGCGAGGGGUUCGCUCUUUCCCUUUGCCGAACUCAAAAGAGGGAAGGGGUCGCCGGAGCCAAAACUUGUCGGCAACAACUCCAGAAAAGUCGCACAGCUCGUGCUCAACGCUCUUCAACACACUCUUUCUCUCACACAAGGAUGGUUGAAGGCGUCAAAUGGUGCGUAGUUUUUUUUUUGUCUUCUCUUGAUGGGUGUUUGGUUGUUCCUUUUUUCUGAGUAGUGGUGUGGCUUUUGGAGCGAUGACGAGCGCAAAUUGCGAGCUCGUCUGAUGUUGAUCAAGGUACAGGUUCGCAAGGCGUUUUGUGGUCAUGUAGAAUGUGUGCUUGUUUCUGUGUAUUUGAGUAGCUUGAAAGAUGUUAGCUAUUGCACGGUUGAGACUAUUUGCAUGUGAUAUCUGUAACCAAACAUUUGCAAAUUCAGAUAAUGGGUGGUCCAUGUCUCGUGUUGUCUCUUUGGUUGCAGAUUCCUUUACGGCGAAUCUUGUCGUGACAGAAGGGGAAUCGGUUUAUGAUUUC